CUUUUGACAACUUCAAAGACUUUUCUUUGAUAAUAAGGAGAAAUCGAUUACCAUUUUUACUUCAGUUUUUGAUAUUAGCAGGUCCGCUAUCAGAACAUUCCUACUAGAAUAUAUCCAAGAUAGUAUACAUACAGAAAGCUCGUAUGUAGGUGGAUAAUCAUGACUGGGUAGUGUUUACGGGAAAACUGGAAAACUUCUUUGAGACAGGACAAAAAUGCGGUUGUGAUCCAGAACAACGGAUAGAGCCAUUUUUUUGUUUCAUAUUUACACAUUUCCUUGUUCACCCCAGCCGUAAAUCCUGUUUUUAUUGACUACAGACACGGAAAAAAUGCCUUGAAUUCAGUAUAAAUAUGCUUCUCAUCCACGAUGAGAAGAAUCGAUAUCCAACCUCAUUCAACUUACUAGCCACAUCAAACACUAAUAUAAUAAACUCUUCAACUAAGACAGUCAUUGCAGUUAAUAAGAAGAAGAAAUCAAGAAUUAUGAGCCUCAAUAAGAUGGAUGCAGAAUGUUACAUUUUUAAGGAGACCUUCUCAGAUGUAUGUGGACAUGUAACAACCGUCAUAGUACAUCAGUUUUUUUGUGCUAGAAAUCAUCACGAUCAAUUUCCGUUUUCGCAGACAUCCAGUCCAUAUCCUGCUUCAUCAGAAAUAGAGAAGGGAUUUAAGCUCAAUUUCGGUAAUCAUCAUGAUAUCCAAUCAUGUCGCUGGGCUGAUGCUGAUAUUGCAGACAGUAAGUGCAUGUAUUGUCAAGCUGUUGAGAGUAGCCAAUUCACAAAUACAGACAGUAGCUCUUCUGUCCUAUCACAACUCUUGCCCUCGAAUACUUGGAUAUCUGAUCCUGGAAUUGGAGAAUACAAGUUCAUUCCUCCUGCUGAGAUUCAAUCACGAAGAGCAUAUUGGAAAAAUUUUAUUGCUGACCAAGCCAUCCUUUCUCAGCGGCAAUACAAAAUGCAGGUAAAUUACCAUGAUGCGGUAAAGGCAUUAGCAAACUAUGUUGAAGAACUUGGCCAAAUAAUAAACACGGAGACAUGGGAACAUUUGUCGUGGAAAAUCACAAGAGCAAAAAAGCUGCUAGAUUUUUAUGAGGUUGAUCAAGACCACUACCUUUUAAUGGUAAGAUCAAGGGAAGCAUCAAUGGAGUGCCUUUUUGAUCCCACGAACGUGACAUCUCUUACUCAUGACCUACUUUAUCAUGUCAAAUCUGAGGAAAUCCCGAGGGAGGAAAUCUGUUCACUUUGUAAAGAGGCUUUCGAUUCUCCGGACAAUCGUGUUGACGUAGUACGUGCGUUUUGUGGCCUUCACCUCUUCCAUCAUGGAUGCAUAGUUAAACGGUUCAAGAAAUGCGAAGGAUUGACUGACGAGUUAUCGUGUCCGAUGUGUCGAAAGACUUGCGAGUACUACUCAAUUCCGUAUUUUGGUCCGGAUUGGUACUCCAAUAGCACUGACCCUGAUUCAUCCAGCGAUUCAUCCAGCGAUGAUGCAGCCAGCAAUGAUUCAGUUAAUGAUAAUACAGCUGAAUCCAUCAUUAGUCUUACUAUCCGUAUUCUCAACGAUGAUACAAUUAGCGAUGAUUCAGCCAGCGAUGAUGCAGCUAGCGAUGAUGCAGCUAGCGAUGAUUCAACCAGCGGUGAUGUACUUGACGGCGUUCAUUGAUUGACUCCUCUACCGACCGGCUAAAGAGCUACGAUAACGACGUCGUAGACAAUGUAGGCAAUGUAGGCAUGAAUUGUGGUGAUUUUAGCCCAAAACUACAUGGUAAAUCUCUCUGGCAGAGGUAAGUCAUCCCAUCAACGCAAUAGUCUUGCAAUUUUUGAAUGCCUUGUUAUUUUCUUAGUAAGCAUCUGCAUGAUUUCUAACCUUUUUCCAAUAAAAAUAUUUUUUGCUAUUUCUAUGAGCCAUGUGAUUCCGUGUAGCCAGUGUUUAAUUUUUAUGUUUCUUGUCUGCAUCUAUUGAGUGCAUUGUUAAAAAUGCAAGUAUGGGAGUCUGUUAAAGCUAGUUUUUUCAGGAAGUAAUGAUAUCUGUAAUAAUAGACAGAGCCCAUGCAUUCCGAGAAUGAUGCUUUGUCCAAAUUCAAGCGAAAUUGUGGCUGAUAGGGCUCAAAGUCUAUAAGCCAAUGAUUUACCUAUCCUGAAU